AUGACUGCAGAGCAUGCUUCAUCUGCUUCAGACACUUCUUCUCAAAGUGGAAUGGCAGACAAUGAAACAGAAGCAGAACGUAGUCACCAGUCUGCUCCUACUGCUGGGCCAGCUCCUAAGAAGAAACGCACACGCACUCUUACGACUCCCCACCAAUCUGCUGUACUACACGCACUCCUUGCACAGUCUCGCUUCCCGACGACCGCGAUGCGUGAGGAGGUUGGGCGCCAGAUCGGUCUCAGUGCUCGCAAAGUCCAAAUCUGGUUCCAAAACCAGCGUCAGAAAGCAAGGCGUCCGCAGAGUGAUUCUGCUCCAUUAUCGCGUCCUGCUCAAUUUGGGCCCUUCCCAAGCGUGCCGCCAUCAGCUUCUUCCUCCCAUACUGCUCCUGAUUUUUCUAUGUCGGAAUCUUUGCCUGACACCCCAGAAGCAAGUGCUUCGCGUGGCGUGCCUAGAUCGGGGCCCUCACUCUCAGGUCCUGGUAUACCCGGCCAACGCACAUCUCCAUACCCCGCAUCCUCAGAGGAGUAUCCCCGCCUCGCACCUAUGAGUCCCGAGUCCACCUCAUCAGAUCCCAACCCCAGCUCUCGCGGCCUUCAAGAGUUCCCCAGCCUUACGCUACGCGAACCUGCUCCGCGCAUGCUUGCGCCACGCCCAUUUUUAUUGCACGAGGGCGGACAGUCCCCUCCUUCCUCGCGAAUGCUCCCACCUAUCCACUUCAGUGCCUUGGAAUCACGCAUCACUAUUAACCCUUACGUAUCCCCAACGUCCUCUUACCCACUACCUCACUCUCAAGCAUCUUCUACCAGCGUCACGCACCACCACGAGCCCACACGCUACACAGAACACCACAUUUCCACGGUUCUAGGCAUCCCACCCCCCUUUGCGCUACAACCGCAGCCACAGUGGGAUCCGAAUAGCUUCGCACCAUACACGCGUCCCGAAUUUGCGUCGUUUUCGAGUCCGUCGAGGUCCACGCGAUUCGCGCUAGGGGGCUUCUCCCCUGGAUCUCGUGACCGCUUUGCUCCACAUGUCUCCCCGGAAUUGGGUCGCAGGAGGGAAUAUCAUGCAUCAGACGAACGUCGUCUCACUUCAUCGUCGCUACCUCGUCCGUUCAAUACUCUAAUCGAUCCUCGAGGGUACCCUGCAUGCAAACCAUCAUCCGCAGGCAACAGCGGCAUGCGCUCAGACGAUGACUGA